AUGACUGAACUGAUUGAACUUCGGCGCGAAGAAGCCAUUCGCGAGUAUGAGUACAUGCAGCAUCUGAAAUUGUUCACAAAAAGUGAGAUAAGCAAGAUCAAAACAAAACGACUGUACCACGAUUAUAAAGUGGAGAGACGUAGCAAAAACGUGACGGAUUUCAUCAACUACAUAACGUACGAGGUGAAUCUGUUCCAUCUGCUGCUCGAACGUCGUAAAAGGCUCCCGUCGAAAACAGCAGGGUACGAUGGCUUGGAGAAGAGCAUCCAUAAGCGCGUUCGGGUGUUGUAUAGACGAGCCAUGGCACGUUUUGCCUCCGAGUACCGCAUUUGGACGCACUUUAUGCGGUACUGCCAAAUGCGCCACUUCUACACCGAUGGUUCACGCGUUCUCAACCGCAUGCUCAACUUCCACGGAGACAAACCGAAGGCCUGGCUCAGCGCGAUCAACUGGGAGUAUCGGUUAGCAAACAACUUGACCAGUGCCAAACAUUACAAUCUGCGUGGCUUGCAGCGGCACCCGGAGUGUCGUGAGCUAUGCCUCAGCUUAAUCGGCAUUCAAUUUGACGAAGCUAAAGCGUUGGAAAAAAGUAAGAACUCUGAUGGUCUGCCUAAAGCCCUUAAAAUGGCUCAGCUGGUGUACAAAAACUUCGAGCGCAAGGAUGUAGAAUUCUUCCAGCAGCUGUUAGAAGAACUGAAGAAAUAUCGCCCAUUAUCGGAUGCGCUGGCAAAGCAAGCGAUUGAUACGAUGAAAACAAAGCUCGCCGACAAGGAAGAAAUGUGGGAUCUUCUAGCAAACCUAACACUUCAAGGUAGCGAAUUUGUUGUGAUCGCGGACGCCGAUUCGAAGGAUCUGCUUGCUCAAUGCAUUGAGAUUUACCACGAGGGGAUCGCUCGUGUUCCAUCAAAGAAGAUGUAUUCACUAUACAUAGAAUCGAUGCUUAAAGCUAACGAUUCAGCAGAGGGUUCAGAGAAAGAGGCAAAAGCAAAACGUAAAGCCUUAGCAAGGGCCUUUAAGGAGGCAUUUACGGCAGAACAAUUGGAGGAAGAAAAAAUGCAACAAUAUUUGAAACUUCUCCUACACAAUCCAUCCCCGAAGGACGAGCUGGUGAUGGCCAUUAUUGAAAAAGGUAUCCAACAGUACCCCAACUCGGCCGACAUCUGGUCUCUGUAUUUGCGAUAUCUGAUACAGAAAAACGUUGAGCUGGAACAGCUAGAGAGCGUGUUCCUCCAAGCAACCACCAGUGUGACCACAAACGCCAGUAGAAUAACACUGUGGAAGAUUCUGUUUCAGUACUAUCACUCACAGUCGAAUCUUUCCCAAAGUGUGGGCGACCUGUAUCGAAAGGCAAUUUCUCAGGAUUCCGAAGUUGGACAACACUUUCAGCCAAUCUACCUCGAUCAUCUUUCGAAAAGUGAAGGAAUUUUUGUGGCUCGACGAGAGUAUAAUCGUCUGGUGAAAAACUUCCUAACCCCUCUGGAGUUACAUUUGAAAAUGGCCAGCCUGGAGGCGAUGCAAGAGCACAAAAACAUCAAAGAAUUGCGCAACUGUUACGAGAAUGCAACACAACGCUUUGGGAAAACGAAUCCAUCCAUCUGGCUGGAAUACAUCAUGUUUGAGCGGGAUCAUGGACAGGCAAUGUUAAUGCCAGCUCUUUACGAACGGGCCAAGGCCAUGCUAGAUGACGACGCAUUUUCUUCAUUCCUUCACGAGUACGAACUCUUGAAGAAUCCAUCUCUUGAAGACUAGAAUUAUAAUUUGCUUACACAAAAUAAACAUCUAUAAAUAAAUUCGUUAUAUCGU